UUGUUACACCAGAUUUUUCAUGAAACUGUAGAAAAAAAAAAGCAUUAAUAUCUUUCAAAGGUAAAUGGGCGGUGUUUCCCAUUUACUUUUGUGAGUGCAUGCAUCACAGCAUUAUGUCCUGAAAAGUAUUAAUAGUAGUGAUGUAAUGUGGGUUAUAUUCAUGUCCCGCCCACUCUAGUCGUGCUAAUAUAAGUGACUGAAUAAAAACAGCCUGUGAGUGUGGUUUGACCAGAGAUAGAGGAUAGUGUCUGACCUCACUGUCCACAGGAAUGAUGCUGGAGGAGGUCGUGCUGUUAGCAGCCGUCACAGUGUUGGGAUUGCUGGAGCAAGGUAUUACAAAUGUCGCUCGUGCUGUUCUCUGCAAGAAUGGACAGUAAUUGUAGCAGUGAGUGACAGCUGGACUUUAAUCAAGAGAAUGAUCAGUAGAGUUGGCAAGACUUGCAAACACUGGCUGAUAAAAAUAGCGUACUUCUCUCUGAAGGUGAUCUACGCGCGGAGAAAGCACUCGGUCUCUCCUCCUGCCACCACCGGACCUCCGGAGUUUGAGAGGAUCUUUCGAGCACAAGCAAACUGUUCUGAAUAUUUCCCAAUAUUCGUCUUCUCGCUUUGGCUGGCUGGAGUUUUCUUCAGUCAAGCACUGGCAGUGUUCUUCGGGCUGAUGUAUCUUUAUGGACGGUAUCUGUACUUCCAUGGCUAUGCGGAGUCUGCUCAGGGCAGACUGGAGCCGCUGUACUUCAGUGCAAAGAUGCAGUGGGUGCUGAUCGCUCUGGCCGGGCUGGGGGUCGUCUGCACCAUCACACAGGCCUAUCUGGGACUGGACCUGCUGCACUCCUUUAGUCAUGUUCUGGGCCUGACCGAACACACAUGAAAGCACAAGCGCUGGAUGUCUGCAGGAGGCUGAGAAGAGGGAAAGCUUUAAAGGGCCUGAAACAAUUUUUUAUUUUUGGACAACAAAAAUAUGAUUUUUUUUCUCCUCUAAAGAAAGAAGGUAUUCAUUUUGUCCAUCAAAUGGAAACAUCUGCAAUGCACUCGUGCAAAACAAUCAGUUAUUCAAAUGGUUGCUUCAAAUGUUGUUAAAUAACUGUCUAGAAACCAUUACUGUUAGUAUUUCCAAUUGUUAAAAAAAAUUGUUUCCUUAAUGUAUUAAUAUGUUUAUAUUUCAACUAGAAGCCUUUAAUUGAUUUUUGUACUAGCAAUGUCAUUGCACAUCUCUCAGGAGCAAAUAUGCAUCUCUCAGGAGAAUUCUGUCUUGGUUGCCAAUAUUUCUUUCCCCAAAUGAUGCAUUAGAUGCUUUUAACAUUUAAUCAGUUUCACUUUUUGAAUAAAUUUACCAAAACUCGACAGGAAACAAUAAAAAAACAAUAAAAAAAAUGCUCACAAGUGAUAUUUACUGUGAUAUUUAGU